UAUAAAAUGACUAAACUUUAAUGUUUCAGUUUAGUUUCUUAUCAAAGGGAUAAAAUUAUAAACAUAUAGAAACAAUUAUUUAUGUCUGGAUUUAUUUCAGUAACUUGUUAUAAAACAGUAACUUCUCUUUAAUCAUAUUCUAACUUUCUCCUCUCCUCCAUCCAGCUGGUCCUGACUCUCUCAUCAUAUCCAUAGACUUUGGUUCAGGAUUCAGUGGCUACGCCUUCAAUGUUAAACCCAGACAGGAAGGAGGAGAGACCCAGAUAAAGAGAUGGAGUGAUGGACUUGGACUAGACACCCCAAAGACUCCAACCUGCAUCCUGUUUGAUGAACAUGGAGAAUUUAUGAAGUUUGGUUAUGAAGCUAAAACAGCAUUUAAUAAUAUGAGAGGAGGAGAAGCUGAGAAACAUUAUUUCUUUGAAGACAUCAAGAGGUGGAUCCGUUUCAUAGACGACUGGUCAGAGAGAAUCAGAGCAGCCAACAGGAAGUUGAUGUCGACCCAGAAGGUUUUUACAGAAGUUCUGAGGUUCCUGAAGGACGAUGCUCUGAAAACCAUCAAAGAUCCAGAAGGAGGAGAGUUCACAGCAUCUGACUUCACCUGGGUGCUGACUGUUCCUAAAAGCUUGACGGAUUUUCGUAAACAGUUCAUAAUAGAAUCUGCAGUUCAGGCUGGUCUUGUAACAGACGCCACUAAAGACAAACUGAUGUUUGUUCUGGAGUCAGAAGCAGCUUUGACCUGGUGUUUGAAGCUUCAACCUGAUGGUUUCAUCACACAGAACCACAGCAGAGACUCACAGGAUCAACCUGCAGGAGCAGCAGAACCUGAUACCAGCUGGAACGGUACUGAGUGGAUCUGUAACGUCUGGCAGACAAACAUUAACAGGUUUUAGUCUGUUUGUAGGAUAUGUGUGAUAUAUGAAUGGAUUCUCUAGAUGAUCCGUUUGGACUAAUUGAAUUGAAGCAAGUCAUGUAAAAGUAUUUGAUUAUUGAGAACAGGGACAAAAUGGGUUUAACUUUCCCCAUUUUUUUAUUAUUCCUCAAGCUUAUGUAUUCAAAUAUGACAAAUAAUGUUUUGGGAAUGUAAAGACGCUAAGGUGCAGGCUCCCAGUUGCAACAUUUAUUUUGAAAAUUAAAUUUUUAAUGGACCUGAUCCAGAACGUUCUCAUCACCAUCUGACAAAAAUAAAUAUAAAAUUAUUUCAAUGACUCUAUU